GAUAUUAUGGAUGCGGAUUACAAUUGAAGGGACAGCCCGACAAGCGGGGGCACGCCGUACCCACGCCGCGAAGGCGAUAUUAUGGACGCGGGGGGGGGAGACUUGGUGCAGCAGCUGGGGCGCGGGGAUGGUGGCGGGAAACACGGCACGGACGUGCGGUCUAGUGCGGUCCUGGGCCACCGGGCCAACGUGCAGGGUGCGACUGGUCGAGGUCGCCGCUUUGACCCGUGAUAAGUUACAUACAUACUGAUUCAGAGCAUUAUGCAGUCGCUUCAGUCUCGCGCACCGCUGCUGCGCUCCAAGGCCUCCGUGUCGACGUUUCCUCGUCCCUCGCGUCGGACUAUCACGACCAUGGCUGCAAGCGUCAUUAAGGCCAACGUGAGCACGUGGAGCUCCAAGCUUGCAGAGCUGGAGCAGGCUCCCUCGCCCCACUACAUCGUGUUCACAGGCUACGACGCCGCGGGCGCCAUGUGGUGCCCCGACUGUGUCCGCGCCGUGCCGGCCGUGCUGAGGGCCGCAGCCGCCGCGCCCGGCACGCUGCUGGAGGUGGACGUGGGCCAGCGCACCGACUGGCGCGGCAACGCCACCCAUCCCUUCCGGACGGCGCCUGCGCUCAAACUGACCGGCAUCCCCACGUUGUUGCAGUGGGGCGGCGGCGCGGCCGUGAAGCGCCUGGGCCCGGAGCUGGAGGCGUGCGGCUCGCCGGCGGAGGUGGAGGCGCUGCUGGCCAAGAGCGGCUUCUUCCAGUGAGGGACCGGAGGCGAGCGGCUUGUUCGUUAGCUUGCACGGGAUGUGAGAGUGUAUGGUACAGGUGCCGGUGGCCGGAAGCAGCAUCGUGCUGCGGCACUGCUGGUGCUGGUUUCGGUGGCUGGGCGGUCGGCCGGAGGGUUCGGAUAAUGGGUCGCGGAUUUGCCUUGGCUUGGGCUUCUUGGUAUGGCGCGGUAGAUGGGCAGUGUAGCCUACAGGUUCACCUGUUCGGGCGCAGUGGUGGCAGCGGUAUCACACCUGCCAAUGCACACGGGGCAUGGGCGGGCAUGGCUCGGGCCAAACACAGGCGGCGGUGGCUGGUUAGUGGCUGCGCGGCUUGUCGCGGCGUCUGACGGCCGAUGGCACGAAAGUCACCUCCAUGGGACAGGGGUGUUGGUUACAUGGCACGCUAUGAGGAGGACGGGACAGUCGACUGCAGUGAGCGUCAUCCGCAAAUGUGCAGCAUUUAAUGUGUUGGUCCCACGGGGUGCUAAGCGCCACUGGUCAGUCGGGAUUGGGGCGCUGUGGUGCGCGAGGUACGGCGAGGUCGAAGGCUGGGACUACUACUGCGUGCGGAUGACCUGGUGGCGUCAGUGACAUGGAAUGUUUGGGCAUACGGUGUCUGCGUGAGGGUGUCAUGGCCGCGGUGUCGAUUGGGCGCAGUGGGCCGGCGGACCAGUGGAGCGGCGGGCGCCGGGCAGGUUAGGACGUGGCAGCAAGACGCGGGCGGCUGCUGCUGGCUGCUCCUGUGGGGAAUCAGCCCCUCCCGCUCCACCUACGGAUGCACACGCGCAGCAGCAGGACGUGUAAGCAACACUCAAA